AUCUUGGCAAAAAAAUAUUGACCAAGAGACGCGCCGUCUAUUCAUACUAACUAGAUCAUCUGCUACUAUGUCCAGCUCAUUCGAUCACCAUGUUCAGACAACUAUCUCACCUCACAAUGGUCAGGCAUACCAUGUAGAAACAUAUCCUACUUCUAGUGAUCUAGACCGCACUCUCGAAAGUGCAGCACAGUCUCAAAAAGAGUGGAUCAAGACUACACUGGGCGAGCGUAUCGCGAAAGGUCUCAAAUUCAUUGAGAAAUUUUCUGCUCUUGCGAAUCGAGAAGCACCAGCAACAUAUGAUCAUGGUCCCCUUGGACACCAUAACCUUGCUGAAGAGCUGUGUCAUCAGAUGGGCAGGCCCACCGAUCAGUGUUGGGGGGAGUUUAGAGGAUUUCUACAGCGCGCAACCUACAUGGUCGACAUUGCUGAAUCGUGUCUCUCAGACAUAACCUUUUCAGAUAAUCAACCUGGCUUUAGUCGCUCAAUCAAACGUGUUCCCCUCGGUGUCAUUUUCGUCAUCGCUCCAUGGAACUACCCGUAUCUUGUUAUGAUCAAUUCUGUACUUCCGGCGCUCAUUGCUGGAAACGCUGUUAUUUUAAAACCUUCUCCCCAAACGCCUCUCACAGCCGUGCGAUUCAAGGAAGCCUUGAAUAACGCUGGAUUUCCAACCGAUCUCAUACAAGUCGUGCAUCUCUCGCCGCCACUUACUCGAUAUGUCGUGCAGCAUAAGCUAGUCGAUUUUGUCGUGUUUACAGGCAGCGUGGCAGGAGGGAAAGCCAUUGAAACGGCAGCUGUUACUGCUGAUGGAUUCAAGGGCGUUGGUUUGGAGCUCGGAGGAAAGGACCCGGCAUAUGUUCGCGCAGAUGCAGACCUGAAAGAUGCAGUAAUACAACUAGUUGAUGGUGCAAUGUACAACGCUGGGCAAAGUUGCUGUGCAAUCGAACGAAUCUACGUUCACGAGUCCGUGUAUGACAAUUUCGUGGAUGAAUAUGUCAACGAAACCAAGAAACUCAUACUGGGAGAUCCUACGAACAAGCAGACGACCAUUGGUCCGGUGAUUAGUAUUGCUAGUGCAGAGAGAAUUCGCCAGAAGGUUUCUAGUGCAGUGCAAACGGGCGCGAAAGCACUAAUACCCGAGAACCUGUAUUUAAAGGCAGUACCAGGCACUGCCUUUGUUGCGCCCCAAGUCUUAGUUGAUGUGAAUCACACGAUGGACGUCAUGAAGGAAGAGACGUUCGGACCCAUCAUCGGCAUCCAGAAGGUCUCAUCUGAUGCAGAAGCAAUUGAACUCAUGAACGACUCGGAAUACGGUCUUACUGCUUCCAUCUGGACCAAGUCAUUGGAUGACUUCAGCACCCUCGCAGACCAAGUGCAAGCUGGAACAAUCUUUCUCAAUAGAUGCGAUUCACUUGACCCAGCCUUGGCCUGGACGGGGAUCAAGAACAGUGGACGUGGCGUCAGUCUCAGCAAAUUCGGAUACGACCAACUCACAAGGGCGAAAUCCAUCAACAUGCGGAUAAAUACAACAUGAUCAGAUUGUGGGACGAUCAUGAUAUUAACAUUGUGGCGUGUGCUAUUGAGAUAGGUAUCGGUACAACAAGAAGUGUAAUGAAUAUCCCAAUUCCUGAAUCAACAGUGUAUUCUGGAUACCUGUGAGCUCAACCCAUCAACCAAGAAGUUUGGAACAAG